GCUGUUUUCCUGGAAACUAUGUAGGGCGCAUUUAAAGGGAGCACGCUGCGGUUUGCGAUGGAACCAUGAAGUCAGAUUACGAAUGACCAGAGAUAGCGUUUGUUCAUCCAUGCCUGUUUCUCAAUUCCCCUCUUGUAUGUUUUUACGCCAUGGGCAUUUUCCGUGUGUUUUUCCUCACCGUGGCGAGAAUCAGCAGCUCCAAAUUUCACCAGCUUGCUCUACUUCUUGCUGCAGCCCUGGCCGUGAUGGCUUUCUACUAUUUUGGCUCAGAAAAGCAGAACUUCUCCAGCACCACCAAGAGAAUCAAGGAGACGCAGGCGAGCCACAACUCCAACCGCAACGAUGCAGACCUCUCGGUGGACACCAGAUCCGAUCAUCCAGACGAGAACCAAGACCACGGAACACGGCUGGCCUACCAUGCUCUCAUGAUGUUCACGAAGAUUAACACGAGCCGUACGAUGCAGAGCAAGUUCGAGGUGGCCAUGCGCUCCUUGGCCAAACAUGGCCGUUUCAGAGAAGAGGAAAUUCUGGUUCUUCAUUUCGUCUCAGAUGGAGGCAGUAAGGAGCUGGGUGUGAGGGUGCUCCCCGAGCUGCUGCGGGAUGCCACCUUUCUGUAUGAGGUGGUGUUUCAUGAUGUUAAUCAUCUAACCGAGAAGCUCUUCCCUAUAGUGGAGGCCAUGCAGAAGCAUUUCAGUGCAGGCUCUGGAGCUUAUUACAGUGAUUCCAUCUUCUUUCUAUCUGUGGCCAUGCAUCGCAUCAUGCCUACAGAAAUGAAGCGGAUCGUGCAAUUGGAUCUGGAUCUCAAGUUCAGGACAAACAUUCGAGACCUGUUCCAACAGUUCAAGCACUUCCCUCCCGAAGCCGUGAUUGGAAUCGUCCGAGAGAUGCAGCCGGUGUACAGACACACCUUCUGGCAGUAUCGCAAAGAAAACCCCAAGUCCCACGUAGGUGACCCCCCUCCUGACGGCCUGCCCGGCUUCAACAGCGGUGUGAUGCUGUUGAAUCUGAACACCAUGCGCCGCUCUGCCCUCUACAACCGCCUCCUCGACCCUGAACGCGUCGCUCACCUCACCGACAAGUAUCACUUUCGGGGCCACCUGGGCGACCAGGACUUUUUCACCAUGAUAGGCAUGGAGCAUCCAGAGCUCUUCUAUCAUCUUGAUUGUGGCUGGAACCGACAGCUGUGUACUUGGUGGAGGGACCACGGCUACGGCGACAUUUUUCAGCUGUACUUCCGAUGCGACGGACCCGUUCAUAUUUACCACGGAAAUUGCAACACCGCUAUACCCGAUGACUGAAAGCUACAAGAAGGCUUUACACAUUCUGAGAGAAUUCUGCUCCAUUGCGUGAGUGGUGCUUAGCAAUGAGUUGAAUAUACAUGCUCGAGAAGGCGCCUUGAUGCUUCAGCUUGCGUUAUCACACAAUUAGCCAAAUGGAUCAUUUGCCAUAUGCAUGCAGCCAGUACUCCUUUACAUACAUUGCUUUUUAUUCAUAUGGCGUUCAACUUCGGGAACAAAUUGGAGCAAUCAGGUCUCUUUGUGUUCUGCCUUAUGAUGCACUUGGAGCCAGAGUUGGAGUUUAGAAUUCUUCGCAUAGCCGACUGCAGCCUGCAGGAGCAGAGAGUUCUUGCACUCACGACAUCUCUUCCCGUUACUUGCACGAGGACCAGGUUUUGCGUUGCAGUCCUGACCGCAACAUAAUAGCACAGCGGUAGCUGCUUUGGAGCAUAGAGCUGACCAGAAACCUCAUUACUGUGAUGAUGCUGUUUCGGGGAAAGAUUCAAGAGCAAACUAGGAAUGCACAUUGACCUGAUUUUCAAUUCGAACUCCUGAUAGUCAGCUCCAGGUUUUCUCCUGUGUUGUGCAAGUUUAUUCCUGCUAUUAAUUUUUUUUUAAAUAAAGUAUUGCAUGACAGGAAAUAAACAGAGCAAACAUGCCAAAAUGUUUUUAACACAUGACAGAUUGGAGUAUGGCUAGUUUCCCCGGUCGGGGGGGGUAUCAGUGGGGAACUAGCCUUUUCUAAUGAAAUGCACUAGCAUACCCCAGGGGUGGGUAUUGGGAUUCCAGAUAUUCUUGUAAUAUUUAUUUCCUGGCUACUGUUUACUAAGCAAGGAAGGUUUUGGAAGACUUCUCACAGACUCUAAAGGUACGUAAUAAUCCGCGAGGUGUCAUGUCAUAUAUUGUGCCGCGAGCGUGCUUUCGUGUAAAGUAUCUCUUUACAUUUUACAUAAUUAUUGCCUGAAUAUUUUCAGUUCAGUAAAACAGUCUGCAGUAUAAGUAAACUUAAUAAUGACAUAAUGAUAAAUAAUUUGUGAUCCACUGAGAUUCUUCUCAGCAUAUAAUGGGAGAAAGGGUUGCCAGGUGUCAAGAAAAAUGUCAGAAAAAAAAAUUCAAAAGCACAGAAAAUUUGCACAACAAAUAUUUAUUUUAGGAAAUUUAUUGUUUCACUUUGCUACAUUGGUUCAAAAUUCUGUCAACCAGUAUUUUUGUAAAUAAAGUUCUCAUUUCAAGUUAUGAACUUUAGCCGCGCCAUGCUGAUUUAUAUAACGAAUAGAAUAUAUAACAGAGAAGCCUGAGCUUAAGGUUUUGGGAGUCCAUUAUACAGUUUGUUGAAUGUUUUGUUCAAUACACAAUGUAUUAAGUCAAGAUUCUUGUAUCAAACAAUAUAAUAGAGUACAAGACAAGAAUCUGAACUUUAUCUAGAAAGUAAUAAAUAUCCGAGGGUGAGUCAAUAAUUAUCCACACUCCUGUUAUAUUACAUAUUCUGUUUUCUACACUCAGUGCUUUUUGUUUAAGACUACUGUCUCUCCCAGUCACUGUUGUGCAGGUGUCAACCUGUUUACAUCAGUUCAUUUGCAACUGCGGUGCGGAAAAAGUUUGAAAGUGAACCAUCAGCUGGAAAAUUCAUCAACACUUGCAGUUUUCUGGGAUUGUCAAGGCCUAGUGUUGGAACAUAAUCAGGAAAAAGGUUUAACAAUCAACAGUUUUCGUUAAAGUGAGACGCUUAUUGUAGAGCUGAAGACUAAACUUCGGGUUAAACGCAGAGGACCGCUAUCCGAGGGCGUUUUGACCUCGCAUGAUAAUGUACGUCUACACACUUCUGCUCACACUGAUGACACUCUGAACAAGAAAGUUCGUUUUGAGGCGUCUUCACUUUAGCCCUGAUCUUGCUCUCACCUCUUUCACCUGUUUAAUCUGCUAAAAGCAGCCCUAUGAGGACAAAGAUUUCCUUCUGAUAAAGAAGUAAAGGAAACAGUGCAUUUGUGGCUUAAAAGUACGAAAGCUUGUUGACGGAUGGAAAUAGUGUUUUGAAAAGCAAGGGGACCAUUUUGUAUUUUUUAUUUUAUUUUUUUUAAGUUAAUGAUAAUAAAUUCUACAGCCAGAGUGCGGAUAAUUUUUGACUCACCCUUGUCCAUUCCUGGCUCCUAUUGUAGCACUGACGGACCAGUUGAUUUUUGACUUUAUAACCUCAUGUUGAUGAAAAAAGGGGCCACCUUUUUUAUUGCAGUUUUUCAGCUGUUGCAAUAAUCAAAAAGUUUUCUCUAGAUACAAAUUUUGUUGUAUCGUGUUCAUAAUGACCACUUCUUAUUUUCUGUUAUUUUUUCUUGUUGUUUACGGUACAUUUUAUUGUAUUUUGCUUGUAAAGGGGGAAAUAAAGUUCCUAAUCUGUUAGCACUGUGCUUUACUGUAUAUGUACUUGUGAUAAAAUGUGGUGUCAAAUUUUUCAAUAAACUGCUUUCAUUUUGUGGAAGCCAACCCUCAA